UUCUCAGUUCAACUCAUUCACCUUCAGACCAAGCAAUUUGGCGAUCUCUCUCUUCAUGGUCAAUAUAUUACAUUGCUCUUACUCAUUGCUACGAAGUGAUCAGAAUCAAUCAAGGUGUUGAAUGGCGAUACCUGUUGCUAUUGCUCCUUGUCUUUCCUCUCUGCAUCUGAGCUCGGGGGACUUUUGAAGAUUUUCCGUGGAUAUGCACACUCUACCAUUGGUGAUAACAGCCAACGCCUCACAGUACUAGAUCAAUCAAUUUGUUCUUCCCGUGAGAAUUGACUUCAACUUGAGCGCGCGCAUAUCUUUGCGAAUAUAUAAAAGUUUGAAGAAGAUGACAGUUGUUCAAGAGAGACCCAUUAAUUCCUCGUCACCAUGCGUCGUACCAUGGAGGAACGUCGGGCGGAACUCAUGCGCGAAUACCUCCCCACUGUGCCGACGUCGGCUGAUGUCCGAACCGAACCAUCAACAGAAUCUGGAGCAUCUUGUUCCUCGUGCGAUUCUACCAUCAAUAUGGAGAGCAAAGUGGUACAACCAUUGACGAAAAGCCCAGAUCAGAUCCUUUCUUGUAAAGGCUGGACCUUGUCCUCCCUCUUGAACGAUAACAAGAAUUUCCAUGCAGCUCCCAGAAUAUCGGUAUCAAAGGUCACAGAGAAACUACUCGCCUCCUCUGAUGCGGACGGUAUACCUUUCGUGAUCGAAGGUUUGCAACAUUUACCAGGUUGGCGCAAGGAGUUAUUGAGUGUAGAUUGGCUGAAAGACGACUCCUUGUUGAAAGAAGUUCCAGUUCGAAACAUUCAUAACAAUGUGGACACGACACUACCACUAUCAGAAUUUCUCGAGAGGACACGAAAAUCUUCACCAUUUGUUCAACCCGGAGAAAGUGAAAGAUUAUACGGGAAAGAUCUUGAGACUCCCAAACCGUGGAUCGAAUGGUUGCACAGAGGAAAAGUUGUUCCAUCAGAACUUCUUCCGACUACCGACAAUCUAUUGGUCUACUUGCCUGAAUCUGCCCAAGUUGACACUCUAAUGAGCUACAUCGGCAUAGGCGAUACGUUCACUCCUAGCCACAAAGACCUCUGCGCCUCUCAUGGUCACAAUCUCAUGUGUUACACCGAAAACGGAGGUUCUUCCUUUUGGUUUAUGACCAGACGAGAAGACGCUCGGAAAGUAACAAACUACUUUCAUCAUAAGCUCGGGCAUGAUAUCGAUCACGAAAGCUGUGUUACUUCUGUCCAAGAUUUCGCAAACGCGCCGUUUCCAGUCUAUAUCAUCGAACAGAAAUUAGGCGAUCUUGUCAUAGUUCCGCGGAUGAGCUGCCACCAAGUCGUUAACCACGGUGGCUUGACCGUAAAGAUGUCAUGGUCGAGGAUGUCGCUGAAAAGCAUAUCGCAGGCAGUCUAUUACGAGCUCCCUUUGUAUCGACGCGUUUGCCGUCCAGAAACAUAUCGUGUCCGAUUAACAUUGUAUCAUACCAUUCGUACUCUUUAUCGGAAUUUCUCCGAACAAAUGAAUCAGCGCACCAGUGCAUCCGGAAAUGAAGUUGAUAUUGGAAAACAGUCUCGCCGGCUUGCAUACGCUCUUCGAAUCUUUGACGACGUUUUGCAAAACGAAUGUGUAGAGGAUUAUGCGUCGUUGCCUUGCUCUUCGUCCUCGGAAAACUUAUCAUGCGAUUUCUGUGGUGCCGACAUAUUUCAAAGUUUCCUCGAGUGCCAGGACUGUUUUUCCUUGGGUGAUCUUGUAAGGGAUCCUUGCACGAUCUGUCCAGGAUGUUAUGCAGAAGGCAGAUCAUGCCGUUGUCAAUCAAUGCGGCCAAAACAACUGCAGCCUUUAGAUAAUAUCCUCCAGGAACGAAACAAAGUCAUCGAGGGGCUCCAGAAGUUUUGGAAGACCAGUUCCAACGAAGGUGUACAAUUUGCGACGAAAGCUGCCCUUCUCAGUGGAGGAGCAUUCAAAGCAGCUUGUCUUCUGGCACGAGUUCGGCAACAAGAGGCAAAAAUGUUACUUUGCAGCAAGGGUACACCUCAUCGACUUCCACACAGCGAUGUACUUUCUUGCAAACAGUGUCAUCACGCUUCAUGCUUCUUUCAUCUCCUCGAAAAAUGCAGGUUGCAUUCCAUCUUCAUCCUACUGGACAGAGACAAGGACGUACAAAAAAGUCAUCGAAGUCACCACACUCGACACAAACAGGGCCCAAAGGAAUACGACACCCAUUUGCCAAAAUACAUGUUCGAUGAACGCUCGGCGAACAGACCCGGGAAUUUCGAAAUUCAGAUGGUCAAUUUGGCCUUGAGUUUUCCCAAGUGUCGCCCAAUCAACUUCUCUUUAACACAUGCAGGGUGGUAUGACUCCAUCAUCAUCGCACCUGUCGUGAUACGGUCUGUCACUCCCCCAAGAUCCAUGGCGUCAGUCAGUCCUCCUCCUCCCCCAUAUGUCGCAGAGACACCCAAUAAUUCAACCCACGACACACUCACAAAUCUUGGACCCCAAGCAAAUUCACCUCCCACCACCGAUCUGUCCAGUCCUGUCAUUGACAUUACAACAUCAUCUAGUCAUCGUCGUCGUCCAAGGAAAUCUCAGCCAUCGUCGUCUAAGAAGCAAAGGCUGAUAUUGGACUAUGUUCUAAUUCCAACCUCCAGUCUGCAUCAUGUCAAGAAGGAAACGAGAAAAGCGCCGGUUGUUCAGAAGGAGAUCGAAGUACUUGAAAUAACGGAAUCGGAAUCGGAAUCUGAUGAACAAACGUCACAAAUGCAACGAAAUAUUGUGCCACAGCUGCCGGAUCGCAGACGAAUCCGCGGCGCUGUUUCACCAUCCUCAAAUGACCCUUCUUCCACUCCUGCGAAACCAUCGCGAAAGCCGCGCGGUAAUCCAAUACCCGCGAGGCAAAUACGCCCCGUAGAGUCAUCCAACUUCACCAACGAACUAGCUUCAGUGAUUAACGCGUCUGGGAAUUCAAUAUCCGGCGCUAUUUCAUCCACCUCGGCUAGGCGAGUGCAGUCGUCCUCUUCUACGCACCAGGACAGGAGUAAAAGAAAUGAAGUACAAAAGCAGUCGAAUAUCAGCGUAUCAACUGGGAAAAGGCGACUGAUACAAUCCGAUAUUGAAAGUGACAGUAGCGCAGAUCUUCCUAUUGUCGCUAAACCACAUAUACCGCCUGCCUCAUCGAAGACCAUGUUGGAUAGAGCCGGCCUCAAAUUUCGUAGGUCUAUUGUGCCAUUGGGGAAAAAGAGGGGAGAGCAGCCACACGCUACCGCGCCUCCUGGCCCAAGCUUUUCCUCCUCCAUGGCAAUUCAGAAUAAUCGGCACCGGGAUCGUGCCGUUCGUAAAGAUUCCAUUAGUCUACUCGAUACCUUUUCUCAGAUGUCUUCUCCUGCCCCUGAAGAGACUUUCGUAAAACCUUCCAACACUGACAAACCAUUAUUGCCCGUUGCUCGCAAGAGAAGAGAACGAAGUCCGGACAAUGUUAGGGUGCCAGCCGCCGAGUCUUCUCGGAUGGGCGCGAAGGCCCCCAGGCGUGCGGGAACUAGUAGGAGAAGGAGCGGAAGUGAGUCUCCGGAAAGGGAUGACCGUAGAGAAUCUCAAUCUACUCAUAACAAGGGAGGCUUAGCCUUAGAUGAAAUAUCCCUCUUGAGGCUAGAAAACACGGAAUUACGGUUUCGAUUAGCGAAUCUUGAGCACGCUGUCCAUCAGCCUACUCCUGUUCAACAAGCGCAAAUCCAAGACCCUAAUGCUUUUUACCUGCACGCCACCUUCAUUCAGCGCACCGUGCAACAUGCAGUUGCCGAUACACUUCAAACGGUCAUCAAUAGUAUGCCACCAUCCGCCGCAAUCGUCAACACACCUCCCUCUGUAGCGAGGUCCUCGCAUUUACCUCAACAAGGAAACUUUUGGCAUGACAAUGCACAGGGUCCAAGCAAUUAUCCGCGUAAUCAGUAUAAUAGGAACCCCAAUUAUAGCAGAACAAAUCAUAACUACAAUCGUGGUCCAGGGCGGUAUCACGAACGAGGUCGACGAUGGACCAAUGUACCCAAUUCUGCUUCGUCGCAACACAUUUCUUCAAGUUCUCGUACCGAAUCAUCUAAGGGAAUUGAGCGUAAUCCUGCGGCCAGACCAGACGCAGAAGAAGAGAGGAGUCAUGCCGAGGAUCCACCUGACAGACGUUUGGUUGGCAUUCGCACAGUCAGAGCCUCCAACACCCAAGACAUUGUCCGCACUUCUCCCAACCUGCAAACAUCAGACAAUACACAAUUUUGGGAAGACAAUUACGAGAAGGUAGAUGACGAUCCUGUCCCGCCAGUACUGAAAGGGGGACCAGCAGAUUCAAGCCAGUCGAAUUCAAUCCGUCGCUCUGAUGAGCUUCACAAAGAUCUCACUCACAAUCCGUGGGAGACUCCCAGUUAAGAGGGAACGCGAUUUAAUUUUUUCUUCGCAGAGAUCUUCUUCUGCACUUGGAAGGGAUGAAAUUCUUCAUGUAGUAACCACCUCCUGUACUUUUUCUGAUCAUAUCGUUCAACAUACCGUUGUCAUUUGUGUCCUUCGUUUGGUAACCUUUAUCUUCACCAGAGCCGUUUCUAGUGCAAGAUAUAUUCUCGAAGGCAGGAGUGACCAAAGA